UUGUUUGGCGAAAGUUGCCCCGCUCACUCUCUUUUAUUCUGGUAGCAUCUUCACUAUAGUGCACCAUUAAGAGUCUGAUAUUAAAUGUUACCAGACAAACCAUGGCAAGGGUCUGGCUCUUUUCUUGCCUUCUGUUCACCAUGGCUGUGUAUGCACUGACUUUUGAAUUCAAUCUCAUUAAAGUUUUCCCUGAGGUUGGCAGAAACUCUGGAGUGUCCAUGGUGUCUUACGGGAAUCAAUAUGCCCUGAACGCCUCUCAGGCUAGAGCCAUGUGCCUCUUCCUGAACAUCACCAUAGCGACCUGGGAACAGGUCCAUACUGCUCACCAACAUGGACUGGAGACAUGCAGAUAUGGCUGGAUAGAUGAACAGGUUGCAGUUAUCCCUCGCAUUGUGAAGAGCAUGAAAUGUGGCAGGAAUAACAUUGGGUUAAUAACAUGGAGAGCACCGAUUAAAACACCCUUUCAUGUGUUUUGUUUCAAUUUAACAGAUUUAGAGAAUCCUUUGGAUAUCACAACACCUAAAGUCCAGACCACAACAAAAACUAUGAACACUACAACAGUCUCAACAUCAGCACCAACUACUACCAGAACUGUGAAAAACAGGGUCAAGACGACACCUAAAGUUCCAGCACCUAAAUCAACAACACAAGUCUCAAGAUUGGCCCCCACUACCACAACCACUUACCUGGUCCAGUCAACAACCAGCUACAUCUCCACCUCUCCUCCUCCCUCCCCAUCCCCCUCCUCCCUCCCUUGUCCCACUUCCCUCUCUCACUUACUUCCCACAUCAUCUCGCUCUCUCCCCAGCUCUUUCUCUCCCUCAUCUCCACCUCUCAUCUCGUUUUUGUCUUUCACCUCUUCCUCCCUCGUUUCCUCUCCUUCUCAAAACACCUCCAACCACAUCGAGAGCCCAGUCCGAGCAAUAUCUACGGCGCUCCUCGUCGUUCUACCCUUGCUGGCUGCGGCAGUAGCAGUGUGUUACUACAAAACGACCAGGGGUGUUUUCCCAAUCCAAUUCUGGCGCAGAGGAGAGCACAACUUGAAGGAUGACAUAGAGACUGAGAUGUGGAGACACACGGACAGUGAGAUGGAUCUGCAGGACCCACAACAGAGAGAAGGAGGAGAGGAGAAUGGAGACAGGAAGUUCACCAGUGACAUCAUCGUCAGUAAUCCAGAGACCACAACAAAUGGCCCUUAGUAGCAAUAUAUGGCCAUGUUGAGGGGGACUUACAGUGCUGAAAAAUACAUUAGCUAAAUAUAUUGUUGACUAACAGGAACUGCAGAAAUAAUUAUUAGGAACUGUAAAAAUAAUAGAGCUCUGCAGAGGUUUUUUUCAGAUAAUGUUUCUGAUAAUUCAAUGUAUUUUUUGUUUUAUAAAUGAUUGAAAACAAUCAAACUAAAAUAUUUUCCUUUGCCUAGA